AUGGAACAUUCGGAAGAUUUCAAAAAUUGGCAAUAUAAGAAUAAUGAUGUCCAUGCAGCUCUAAUAAGUCGAUUGGAAGAGUCACAUCAACAGUUUCCUGAACGCUUUCCAAAACCAGGUCAUGUACUAGCUGCUGUUGGUGAUAUUAUCGAAGGUCAAUUUGCACAACGGUUGCAGCAGGAAAGCAAAGAUCAUACAAGGGAACGCAUCACACUUAUCCCAUAUAAUUGCAUUGAAGUUUUAACAGGAUUCCAAGAGGACGGACAGAUUAAACGGGCCGAAUAUAUUGAUCCAGUGAAUGGACCUAGUGUUGUUACACUAAGAAUAGAAAGUAGGCAAUUUACUAAAGUUUACCCAUCUGGUGUUUCAUAG